AUACUCUUGGCACCAAUCACUGUUGUCGGUGCUGUCGGCAACGUCUUAAGCAUCAAAACAUUUUUCCGCCUUGGAAUCUCAGACGGCGUGAAUCUGUCCCUGCUGUCGUUGGCAGCGUCCUAUCUCUUCUACCUCAUCACAGCGUUGAUCACCGCCAUCAGCUUGAUGUUCCUUGGUGUGGAGGAACUCUCCGGUUACAAAGUUCGUUUCGCCCUAGACCCGGAAACGUUCCUCAUGAUCUCUACUAACACCGGAAGUGGCUUCUACGCCACCUCAAUGCUCGUGACGACGUUCAUCACCGUGGUUCGAUGUCUGGCUGUUGCCCGCCCUUUAAAAUAUAGAAAUUUGAUCUCAAGGAAAACCACGGCCAUAAUUUUAUUAUUUUUUACCGUUCUAUCUGUAAUAUCCGCUGUUUUGAUGUUGAUUUUUGUCGAUAUUCUCCCUCAAUUCGGCUCUAAAACCAACACAACAAGACCAACACCUUGGCUCUCACCACAACAAGCUCUUAUCAAGGAUGUCAUUUUUGGAAUAAGAGACAUGAUCUUACCGCUGACGUCUCAAAUAAUAGUUGGUAUUUGCGUGGUCAUCAUGGCCAGAUAUCUCCAUAAAGCUUCUAAUUUUCGUAAAACAAUUUCAAGUAAUAUUGACACUUUAACAAAAAUUUCUAUGGUCGCAGAUCCCCAUACAAGAAAUGUAACUAACAAUCCUGCAUCAGCCAAGGUGGCUGGCAAAGAAAUUCAAGUGGUUCAACAGAUGCUGCUCAUAGCCGUAGUCUACAGUUUGUGUAACAUGCCAAAAGUCGUCUUUAAUAUGACACAAAUUAUUUUGCCCGAAUUCUACACGGGUGGCCGCUACAGUGCUUUGUUUUCAACGUUCAAUUUUUUAAGAGAACUAAUUCAGUCGGUGAAUGCCAGCGUGACCAUUUUCAUUUACUGGAAGUAUAAUUCAAAGUUUCGGAAUCACUUCGUUCUUCAACACUGA